AUGCCGAACAAAAAUAUGGAGACAGAGAUUUUGGAGGAAAAGAGAGGUUUCUGGGUUUUAGCUUUAUUUGUCCUGUUACUUGUGGCCGAUGUCAAAUCUUCAGCAGAUUCUCAGCUAUGUGCACCUUGUGGACCCCGAGGGCCUCCAGGACCCAGGGGUCCUCCAGGGCUACUUGGUUUAGCAGGACCCCCAGGUGUAACAGGACCAAGAGGUAUACCUGGGGUGCCUGGAGCAGUUGAGAAACGCCCCUGUCUACCUCAAUCUGCCUUUUCUGUCUAGCUGAGUGGGCCUCUCCCAGGACCCUCCCAGCCCAUUGUCUUCCAGGAAGUUCUGUACAACCGUCAGGGCCACUUUGACCUGGCCACUGGAGUGUUCACCUGCGGCGUCCCCGGUGUGUACCACUUUGGCUUUGACAUUGCGUUGUUUCAGAAUACUGUCAAGGUGAGUCUCAUGCGGAAUGGCAUCCAGAUCUGGGACAAAUGAGCAGAGGCCAAGGACAGCCAUGAGCAAGCUUCAGGAAGCAAGCUGGAGAAAGGGGACAGGGUCUGGCUGGAGUCUAAGCUGGACAAAGAAGAAUCUGAAAAAGGAACUACUCACACUGUGUUUUAUGGGUUUUUGCUCAAUGGAAAUUAG